AUGCAGUCAAGACUUGGUUGGACGAUGGACUAUCUGAUCGGCUGUGGCUUGCCCACAGUCCAGAACAAGCUGGUGGUGCUUCGGAUGCCAUGCGAGAGUGGCGAGGUUGCAGGAUGCCAUGGGCACAUGGGGCAGAUGGCAUGGCCACCAGAACCAGACAUCUCUGGCGCACCACAGCGGGACCUGGGGGGUCGGGAAGACCAGCCGCGGUUACCGGGGCCACUUGAGCCACCUGGGCCAACGGAGCAGCGCCGCCUGCUUUUCUUAGACGUGGACGGCGUGCUACAUCCGCUGCAGGUCCGGGUGCUGGAGCAGACGCAGAAGGUGGACAUGUCUCACUGCUUUCAGAGGACCUGCAUGCAGGAGCUUCGUCGAGUUGUGUUGGCAACCGGAGCACAGAUCAUCCUCAGCUCGUCUUGGCGCAAGUUCGAGAAGACGCGGGACCUGCUGAAUGAGAACUUGGCGAAGUAUGGGCUUUCCUUUCGAGAGUGGACCACGGUGGCAGGCGGAGAAGGAAAUGAUGCUCGGGUCGACCAGAUCCUGGCCUUCGUGACUACAUCUGGAGUGGAUUCAUGGGCCGUUGUAGACGAUGAGGACUUGGCUCCUUCCAGCUCGCCUGGAUCAGACAGCAUGAUGAGGUGCUUGUUUCGGCAGCAUUUUGUCCGCACAGACACGUCAAGGGGCCUUGACUCCUCUGCAGCAGAUGCGCUGAUCCAGCUUUUGAAUGAGCCGUGA